AUGGAGAAAUCCAAAAUGCAACGGGAAACUCCCACCUGGUUCCAUGGGUACGGAACAAUGUUCCGGACUAGUUUGGCAGGUCACCCUGUAGUGGUAUCGUCGGAUCCAGAUUUUAAUUACUUUAUAUUCCAACAAGAGCGGAAGUCAGUGGAGUUAUGGUACAUGGAUUCUUUCUCUGCAAUUUUUGGUGGAGGUCUUGAAUGUGCAACUGAUGCUCGAAUUCAUAAGCAUUUUAGAAAUGCCGUCUUGAACCAUUUUGGUACUGAAGCUUUGAAAGAAAAACUUCUCCCUAAAAUUGAAAUGAUGUCUUACCAGGCACUGGAGUCAUGGUCCAAUCAACCUUCUGUUGAACUUAAGUCUUCCAUUACUAGUAUGAUCUUCGAUUUAACUUCGAAGCAUCUCUUCAAUUAUGACUCAACGAAGUCUACCGAAAAUCUCAGUUUGAUGUUCGCGAGCUUCUUUAAAGGUCUUAUGACUUUUCCAGUUAACAUCCCCGGUACUGCUUUUCACAGAUGCAUGCAGAACCAAAAGAAGGCGAUGAAACUGAUGAAGGAUGUCCUACACAAAAGACGUAAUUCGCCACAGGUGCCCCAACAUGGGGAUUUUCUUGAUCAAGUCCUAGAAGAUAUGAAAAAAGAGGAUUUCCUAACGGAUGAUAUUGUUAUGUACCUGAUAUUUGGGCUUCUUCUUGCUAGUUUCGCAUCAAUUUCUGUCAUUGUCACUUCGGGAAUGACAUUUGUAACAGAUCACCCUUUAGUAGCGAAAGAACUACUGGAAAAUGCUAGUUCUCUACUUACAUGGAAAGAGUUGAAAUCGAUGACUUAUAUGUCACAGGUUAUUACCGAAACAUUAAGGAUGUCGAGUAUUGGGCCCGGGAUAUUAAGAAAGGCAAUCAAGGAUAUUGAUAUAAAUGGAUAUGUAAUUCCAAAAGGUUGGACGAUUAUGGUUGUUCCUUCAGCUAUUCAUAUGAAUCCUGACAAAUAUAAAGAUCCAUUUGCCUUCAAUCCAGCAAGAUGGAACGAUCCUAGUUCGAAUAUGGCAUCCAAAAACUUCAUUCCAUUUGGGUUUGGGUUGAGGAAUUGUGUUGGUGCAGAGUUCAACAAGUCGCUGAUGGGCGUAUUUCUACAUGUCUUGCUCACUAAGUUCACGUGGACAAAAAUCAAAGGAGGAAAUGCAUUUGGAGACCGCUUCCAUGUUCAAAUCUCCAAAAAAGAUGAAAUCAAGGCGAACACAGCUAGUUAA